AUGUCGGAGAUCUCCGCUGACGCGCAGAACCGCAGUGUGCCUGCAGCUGCGCUCUCUCACAACUUCCCCGCGCUCAUAUUCGGGAUUUUACUGAUCGUGAUCGUGAUCUGUGGGAACGUGCUGGUGUGUAUCAGCGUGUAUAUGGAGAAAGCUUUAAAAACCACUACAAACUACUUCAUCGUCAGUUUGGCGUUCGCAGACCUGCUGCUGGCGGUGCUCGUCCUGCCGCUGUUCGUUUACGCGGAGUUUCAGGGUGGAGUUUGGUCCUUGAACAUGCUGCUGUGUGACGGUCUGAUGACCAUGGAUGUGAUGCUGUGCACGGCCUCCAUAUUCAACCUCUGUGCAAUCAGCGUGGACAGGUUCAUCGCUGUGUCCAUCCCUCUAAACUACAACCGUAGACACGUAGACCACCGACAGAUCGUCCUGCUGUCGGCGACCUGGCUGCUGUCUCUCGCUGUGGCCUCGCCUGUCGUCUUCGGGAUCAACAACGUCCCCGACCGUGACCCCACAGAGUGCAAACUGGAGGACAACAACUACGUGGUUUACUCUUCCGUCUGCUCCUUCUAUCCCUGCCCCAUCAUGCUCCUCCUUUACCUCGGGGUGUUGCGCGGUCUGCAGCGCUGGGAGGAGGCUCGGAAGCUCAAACUACGCAGCAGCAUCGAGGCCUGCAGGAAGCUGCAGCACGCAGCCAUCGCAACCGUCUUUCCCCCGCUGACGGGCACCAUCCCCGGGCCGCUGCCGAUGCCUCUGCCCCGGAUCAUCGAGAGGGACCUGGCUCAGUGUCGGCUGGACGACACAGACGACUUCAUGCAGCAGGAGAUCCCGUAUCCCCGACAGUACAGAGAGAACUCUGUUCCCACGUUGACGCUGAGCGAACAGCUGACCCGGCAGAAGAGAGCCAAGAUCAACAACCGAGAGAGGAAGGCCAUGAGGGUGCUUCCUGUCGUCGUGGGUUGCUUCCUGUUCUGCUGGACGCCGUUCUUCGUGGUUCACACGACUCGAGCCAUGUGUCUGACCUGCGACAUCCCGCACGGCCUGAUGAGCACCGUCACCUGGCUCGGCUACGUCAACAGCGCCCUCAACCCCAUCAUCUACACCAUGUUCAACACCGAGUUCAGGAAGUUCUUCAAGAGAUGUUUCCGCAGCUGCUGUUGACGCCGGUUCUCCCCGAGCGAGGUGUGAGGUCUCCCUCAGCUCGUCUCUGAGCUGCAGAGCGACGUCCUGCAGACUUAAAGACAACGUGUUUAAAGACACUCGGGCUGAUAAGGGCGGCAGACACUGUGGAUAUUCGAGGCUCUGUUUGGAGUUAACUGUGUGUCAGCGGGAGUUCCAGCACCAGUCGUCAGGUUUUCUGUGCAGAACGAGUGAUUUAAACAGAACCUGCAGGAUCCGCUCAGAACGAAAACCGUCUCAUGGAUGCAGAAAACUGACGGCGCUUCAACAGAGCGGAAAGUCGAGCGAGCUUCAGGAACAAACCGAUCUACAGAUCUACAAUCUUUCUGCUGUCAGUCAGACAAAAAGUGUGAUGAAUGAUCAAGUCUGUACGUAUGAAGCUACAGUAAGCAGCAAGUUAGCGUAGCUUAGCACAAUGACUGUGAACAGGUGGAAACAGCUACCCUGGUUCUGUCCUGAGGUGAUGAACAUGACUAAAUGGUGAAACCUGAUAUCUGCAGCUCCUCAGUAAGAAUGCAACGAUUUGUUGUCAAAAAUAAAUGGCUACUCGGUAAUCGCUGAUGAUUGGUUGUUUGAUGAUGUGUUUUCCCGUUACGUGACAUUUUCUGGAGCCUAAAUUGCAGAGGAGUGAGCCAUCUUGCAUCUCUGCUCAGAGUUACGUAUUUCAAACAGCGACAGGUAAAUUAAACAUUACAAAAUGACGGCAGCUGAUGCAACACCCUCGCUGGAGCAUUUCCUCCCUCAACACUGCAAAGGAAAGUGUCACACUUCCUGCUCCAGCGUCUCGACUGCAGUCAGAAAGCCGAGCGGAGACGUACUGGUCCUCCACCUGUCAGCGCUCACAUUCCUCCUCCAUCAUCUGUGAGAACAUUCGCACCGAGGAGUGAUCUGCCUUAAACAGAAUAACCUGAAAGAUCUCACGCUGAGUUCACGAGAUCCAUUUAAAAUCUUUUUAUCUUGUUAAGAAUGUAUUUUUUUGUUACGUUUUUUUAGACCUUUUUCUGUCCUCUCUGUGAUUUUAAACUUGAUGUCAGAACUUUGUGAACUCUCAGCACCAAUAAACCUUCAACAAGUUCA